AUCAAACCAACGCUGUGCGCCUGAGGCGCGCCCCCGCACUGGUCGAGGGCGCGCGCGCCUCGCGACUGUCACCAAAGAGCCGCCGCGUGUGCACAUCACUCGACUGCCCGGUUAGCAUCGAUUGGGAGACGAAUUGUGUUUGUGUUUGUUUUUGUAAGCAUACGAAGAGUGACAUGAGCGACUCCACCGGACGGCGACGGAGACGAUGAGAAUAGUGGAUUUUGUGUCCUGUCGUUGGUACGGCGCAGAAGAAGGGAAGUUACUCGAAAGUUUUAGACAUGAAGAAGGACAUAGACACCUUGAUAGCAGAAGAACGUGCAGACACCAUUUCCAAAUAUGACAAGGGCAGGCAAGAGGGUGUCUGUAUUGACCCUUGGGAGGAUGCUGACUACAGCAUCUAUAAGGUGACGGACCGCUUCGGCUUCCUGCAUGAGAAAGAGUUACCGACACCCAGUGUGGUUGAAGAAAAGCAAAAGCAGCAAGAGAUUGAUCGUGUGGAGAAGUGGCUGAAGAUGGUGAAGAACUGGAAUAAGUAUAAGAACAGCGACAAGUUGGUCAAGCGUGUAUAUAAAGGCAUCCCUCUCCAGCUCAGAGGCCAGGCCUGGGCGUUACUUUUGGAAAUAGAUAAGGUUAAAAAAGACAAUGAGGGCAAAUAUGAGAAAAUGAAACUGCAGGCUCGCAACUUCUCCACAGAGAUCAAACAAAUUGACUUGGACGUCAACAGAACCUUCAGGAACCACAUCAUGUUCAUGGACCGCUUUGGACUCAAGCAACAGGCACUCUUUCAUGUACUAGCAGCCUACUCGGUCUACAACACGGAGGUGAGCUACUGUCAGGGGAUGAGUCAGAUCGCUGCUAUCCUGCUCAUGUACCUGAAUGAGGAGGACGCCUUCUGGGCUCUUUCCCAGCUCCUCACCGACAGCAAGCACGCCAUGCACGGUUUCUUUAUCCCGGGAUUUCCCAAACUGCAGCGUUUCCAGGCCCACCAUGAGCGGAUACUUUCCAAAAUGCUGCCCAAACUGAGGAAGCACCUGGUGAGUGACAGCGCAUUCAGAUCCUCUCUCUCUCUCUCUUCCAGUGUUGGAGGACCAAAGGACAUCUUACAAGGUCCUUCCAUUUUUCAAGACUUUUCUUCAUUAACUCCUGCUUCACAGGACAAGGAGCAGAUGUCAUGUGGGGUUUACACCACCAAGUGGUUCCUUCAGUGCUUUAUUGACAGAAGCCCCUUCACCCUCACCCUCCGCUUAUGGGACAUCUAUAUUCUGGAAGGGGAGAAGAUGCUGACUGCUAUGGCUUACACGACGCUCAAGUUACACAAGAAGCGUUUGCUGAGGUUCCAGUUGGAGGACCUGAGGGAGUUUCUUCAGGAGCAGCUGGCUGCUUCGUUCCUGCUUCCGGAUGAUGUCGUGGUGGAGCAACUACAGGCCGCCAUGUCUGAGCUACGCAGUAAAAAGUUGCACCAGCCUCCUCCAGGCAAGUCAGAAGAGCUGCCAAAGAAGCCCCUCGGUCAAGAGAGGCCGAUUCUCCUGCUCCCUCUGCAGCGGGACUCUCCUCUAGAGGUCAAAAGUGAUCUACAGCCUCGCAGCCGCUCAAAUACGGAGAGCAUCACCGAGGCGCAGGACUCAAGAAGUCCCAGCAGUUCCAGCACACUCUCCUUGCGGUCGCCGCACCCAGCUGCAGCGCUCACGAAAGCGACAUCUUCUCCCUCGAUGCCUUGUAGAGCACCUCCAUUACCUCCCAAACCAGCAAAACCCUGUGCUGAGGUCAAUGAUGGCAGAGAUGUGAAGGAAAGUGAGAAAACACAAGGAGGCAAACUUUGUGGCUCCCCAGACGUCCAGGAGGAGCCUAUAGAUUGGCCCCCUCCUCCGGAUGAGCUGAACGCGAAUACAGACGAGAUGUUGGACCUGCCAGAUCUGCCGCCUCCACCGUUGUUGUACCCUACGGAGCUGGAGCAAAAAGUCAGUCCGCCGGCCCAGCACCGUUCCCCUCCCAAAUUGGCGGUUCCAUUGAAGCCAUCUCCGAAAACACUCCCCAAACCGUUCACGUCCCCUGCCCGCGGCUUCACAGCAUCUUCCUCUCCCAGGCUUGCGCCCCCCAAGCCCACCAAGUUCCCAGUGUCUCUGUACGUGCCGGCGUCUUCGGCCGACAGGAGACCGUCCAACACCUCCCAGUACGACAACCUGUCCGAAGCCGAUGACGACGACCGCUGCCCUGAGAGGUUGCUAGGCUCCGCCCCCGAGGAGGUUUCUUUCGACAGAGACUACGACCCCGCUCGCUACCCGCUGCCUCCGCCCCCCAUCUUCAUCCCGCCGUCACCGUCUCCUCUCCUUCCCUCGCGCUGCGCUCUUCCCUGUUUGCCUCAGGAGCCGGAAUAUGAAGAAGAGGACCGCUGGGCGGAGGACUCCGUCAUCAUCCCCCCUCCUCCGCCCAGCUUUGCCGACAGACUCUCUCCCCUGCGGUGCCACAGAGCCACCUCGCCCGGCGCCUAUUCCAAGGCUUUCUCUCGGGGCCCCAGGGACCGUUCUGCCUUCCCGGCGCCGCUCUUGUACACCAGGUCUCCCCCGGGACAGUCUGCGUUGUGGGUGCCGGACGUUGGAUCCAGCCCAGACUUCUGCGGGAUGCCUCCGGGCGGACGGCGGCUGCCGAAGUCAAUCACCUUUUGAAGUGGAAUCAACGUAUCGACUGAUCCUACCAGUAUGAAGCAUUUCAGUUCAAAGGCCAGUAGCCGUUCGCUGCGUCUCGGCGGCAAGGCAUUGGAGCAUUUAUUCGAUAACCUAUAGUGUGCUGAAUUGUUGAAUUGUCCAUCCAUGUGCUCGUACGCUCUUUGUCCUCAUUCGUAAGGCGGGGCGCUAGUGAUCCCCCCCCACUACUGAAUACACUUUUUUGUGCACUAGUAGAACAACCGGGGCACGUUAGUAGAACCGCUGUCUUACCAGUGACUUUUCCCCCGCCUCUACUGUAGGACAUAUCUGCGCACCAGUAGAACGACUCGCUAUGUCUUGCUUGUAACAUUUUUCUCACUAUUGUAUGGCAUUAUUUUGCACACUAGUAGAACAACUACAUGAUACUCGUCAGGCAAAAUUGCACAACUUGACAUCUGCAUGCUUCUAGUUCCAUUAGUGAACUGCUAGAUGUCAACUCGUAGAAUUUUCGAUGGUCACUAGUAGUACUAGUAGCGGGCAGUUGUCAACUAGUGUACAGUUUUGCCUCACUAAUAACGUGCAGUUCAUUAACGCACACAAUUGUCAUAGAGUAGUGGAACAAACAACUAAAAAGACAGUUGUUCUACUAGUGCACUAGUUUUAUCAAUAUGCCCACAUUUCUAGGAUAGAACCUUUUUUGGAAGGUUUUUUUCGAGUUGUCAUUUUGUACUUAAAACCGUUUGCACUGCCACACACAUGGCGAGUGCAUUGACGUUCCUGCUUUUUGUAAUUGGCAUUUUAUACCAUAUCAACAGUUACAAAGAAAUGAAGCCACCAGUGCUUCAUGUACGGUUAUCUUGAAUCUUUUCCUCCAAAGUGUCUUAAAUGGAGUCCAAGUAGGGUCUCGGCUCUCUCAUUUGGUCCGUUGGUUCCCCUGAAGUCUUUGUUUAAGGUGAAAGGUGAGCUGGCUCCAUCCAUCCAUUUUCUGAGCCGCUUCUCCUCACGCGGGUCGCGGGCUGCCGGAGCCUAUCCCAGCUAUCAUCGGGCAGGAGGCGGGGUACACCCUGAACUGGCUGCCAGCCAAUCGCAAGGCACAUAUAAACAAACCACCAUGUGCACUCACAUUCACACCUGCGGGCAAUUUAGAGUUGUCAAUUAACCUACCAUGCAUGUUUUUGGGAUGUGGGAAGAAACCGGAGUGCCCGGAGAGAACAUGCAAACUCCACACAGGCGGGGCCGGGGAUUGAACCCGGGUCCUCAGAGCUGUGAGGCUCACGCUCUAACCAGUCGUCCACCGUGCCGCCGGCUCUCAACUAGUCGUUCUAAUGUCAAAAUGAAUUGAGUAUCUUCAGGUCAAAGAGCUAUGACAUAGUUUGAGUAAGCUAACAUCAGAAAGGGAGGUUAUGGUGCAAUUAGUUCAUUCAUUUCAUAAACAAGACAGCGUCGGAUACGCUAUGGUUAUCUUUUUAUUGGUCACAAUGUUAGCUUCCUCUGGAGAGUAAUUUCACAAUGUGUAAACCAAAGAUGGAACAUCUGUCAGGCUGAUCACUUAUGAACAACAUCUCCCUAUGGUGGUUUUAUUUUUGUGUAUUUUAAUUGUGAAUGUUUGACAAGAUUACGCGCUGCGUGGGCACGUAGUUAUUUUUCUAUAUGAACGCAUUUCAAACACCUUUGUGAGAAUAUGAGGACAUAUUUAAUAUUUUCUGUGUGUAUGUACAGUCUGAGUUUAGGUCACUUAAAGCUCGUUAUUGUAAUGGCUCAGAAAAAAUGUUCUGGAGAAAAGGAAGUUAAGCCAUGUUCAAAUUUGAAACUCAGUUUGGAACGGAUUCCAAUAUUUAUCAGGAGUGAUGCAAAAUCCCACUAUAUACUGUACAUUGUUGCUGUAAAUGUUACAUUGUCAUAUCAGAGAGAGUCCGCAAGUGAACAUUUUUGUAACCCACAAACCAGCCCUUCCUUGGUGGUGCUAAACUAGUUUCUAUAUGUAUUCACAUCUAUGCAGAUGAUUCUACAAUAAUCCUCAAGAAUUUCAAUAUGGACCUUUAUGUAGUUGUAUUACCAUAAAUAAGACCUGGUCAUCCAUUGUGGUAGCAUGGUUGGCAGAAGACCAAAUGUAAAUGUCUAGUCAAUAUUUGUCACGUUCCACUGAAAAGUAUGUACUGUUGCGCCAAACGUUUUAUUUUCUGAAAAAAAAAACAAAGUUUUGUAUAUAUUUUUUUCUCACUCAGACACCUGGUGAUUAUUUGGUUUAUUGCACUCCCACGAACAUAUGUAAAUGUUAGUGUACAUAACUUGUUUCAGCUGUGCAAAGAGCAAAUUUUGUUCAAAUAAUUAAAAAAAAAUCCCUAAAGUA